AUGUAUCUAUUGAUAGCAUUUCUAUUGAUUUCGCCACAGAUUCUCACUAUUGAUGGCAAAGUGGGAUCAAGUGCUGACUCCAGAGGCGGACCACCAGCUGUUGAUAGUAAAGACGAGUCCGGUAUUGGCGACAAAGACGAGACUCCCGGUGCCGAUGAGGGAGACAAUGGCGGCUCAACCAUCGACUAUGAGGCCAUAUUCUCGGCCCUCGAUGUCAUAUCUUCGGCGCCUAUGGAUGUGAUGGGAACGCCUCAACGGAUCGGAGACUUGGAGUUUGACGUCGAAGUGGACGAACAGAUCCCACGAAAGGGUCAAAAGGCUCCAGAGGUUGACGUCGAGGGAGAUGGUCAAAAGGCUCCAGAGGUUGACGUCGAGGGAGAUAAAAACAAUCCGAUGGGAGGCGACGGCCGGGUAUUGACAGACGUAUCGGUGGAUUUGGUGUCAAAGUCGGCCAAAAGGAUCGGUGAUAUAGAGCUGGACAUGAAUGUCAUGAACGCUAAGACCCGACACUCGCACCACCAGAAUCCAGAUGAGUCGGGCAAUGAGGAGGACGUGGCUCUACAACAAACACAGGGGGCUCCUGAUGCCACUCCUGAUCCCGGUGCGAACCCUGACAAUCCGCCUCCCGGUGAAGCGGAUUUACCUCCUGGAGCUUCAGAGGAUCCCGUGAACCCAGGUAAUGAUACUGGAGGUGAUAAUGGAGGGCCGCCUACAAAUCCAAAUGACACGAUCACUGUCGAGCCUUCACCCCCCGAAGCUCCAACGCCCGGUACCUUACCUCCCGGUGCUCCACCUGUUCCACCACCCACAUCAACGAAGUCCCCACAGACUAAGCCCUCGGGUGGUAAAUCGAUGGCCUUUAUUAUCAUUAUAGUCAUUGUGGUGAUCAUCUGUGUCGGAGGGGUUGUCAUGUACUUUAUGUCGGCCGCAGACAAGAGUCAAAGUGCGCGCAAACCGUCGGAAGAGAACAGAAUCGGCGGUGAGGGCAAGGAUGCAAAAGCUGACUCUAAAGAGAAGUUGGAUCCGAAAGCGGACACAAAGGAGGCGUCGACUGAUAAGCCGCCGUCAGAUGAGGGCAAGGAUGCGAAGAAAGAGUCGGACACCGCCGGCGCCGACACUAAGGCCUAA